CCCAGUCUUUCCUGGGCUCCUCGAGGCCGUUCGGACCCGGGGCUGGCCUCUUCCCGGGCGCUCCCCGUCUCCCGCCCAGCCUCGGCCCUAGCCCAGGCUCUGGGGACUUCGAACCUACUCCGGGACAGAAACCGAGCCUGAGCCGUGGGGGCGGGAGCCGGCUGUCGUUGGAGCCGCGGAGCUCUGGAGGGGCGGGCGUGCGGGGACCCUGUCUCCUCCUCCGGCUUUAGGGGUCCGUGUUCCGCGAGGGCGGCGCUUGCCCCUCGGCUGACCUGCCUCAGGGGGGUGCUCGAGGGGCGAGGAACAGUCGCCUGGGCUGCCCGCCCGAAUGACAAGAGUACGGUGAUCCACCUGGCUGCUGAGUUGGACCGAGAGAGCUCGAGGUGGCAUUUCCUAUUUCUGUUAGGCAGGGUGAGAUCUGAAUCAGUUACUUUGCGUUUUGUGGGAUUGAAUGAGCAUUGAGCCCAGAAAUUAGCCCGCUUUGGCUCGGGGAAACCUCUGGAGGUAUUGAGCCAGGAGGCCUAGUUAGUGGCACUUUAGGAACUAAGUGGCGGAAGGGAGACCUGAGCAAUUGGUUCGACAGGUGGAGGUGGACUCCGGAAGAGGAGGCCGAGCCCGAGCCGGCUUGAGUCUCUGACAGUGAAAACAACUUUGGAUUUUUCUCCUGCACCUCAGUUUCCUGCUCAUUCACCUGGAACCGUAGGUCUUCUGUAUCAGUUGAAAUGUCUAUGAUUUUGUCGGCCUCAGUCAUUCGUGUCAGAGAUGGACUACCACUUUCUGCCUCUACUGAUUAUGAACAAAGCACAGGCGUGCAGGAGUGCAGGAAGUAUUUUAAAAUGCUCUCGAGGAAACUUGCCCAGCUUCCUGAUAGAUGUACACUGAAAACUGGACAUUAUAACAUUAAUUUUAUUAGCUCUCUGGGAGUGAGCUACAUGAUGUUGUGCACUGAAAAUUACCCCAAUGUUCUGGCCUUCUCUUUCCUGGAUGAGCUUCAGAAGGAGUUCAUUACUACUUAUAACAUGAUGAAGACAAAUACUGCUGUCAGACCAUACAGUUUCAUUGAAUUUGAUAACUUCAUUCAGAGGACCAAGCAGCGAUAUAACAAUCCCAGGUCUCUUUCAACAAAGAUAAAUCUGUCUGACAUGCAGACGGAAAUCAAGCUGAGACCCCCUUAUCAAAUUCCCAUGUGUGAACUGGGGUCAGCCAACGGAGUCACAUCUGCAUUUUCUGUUGACUAUAAAGGUGCUGGCAAGAUUUCUUCUGCUCAUCAGCGACUGGAACCUGCAACUCUGUCAGGGAUUGUGGCCUUUAUCCUGAGCCUUUUAUGUGGCGCUCUGAAUUUAAUUCGAGGUUUUCAUGCCAUAGAAAGUCUCCUGCAGAGCGAUGGUGAGGAUUUUAAUUACAUCAUUGCAUUUUUCCUUGGAACAGCAGCCUGUCUUUACCAGUGUUAUUUACUUGUCUACUACACCGGCUGGCGGAACGUCAAAUCUUUUUUGACUUUCGGCUUAAUCUGUCUAUGCAAUAUGUAUCUUUAUGACCUGCGCAACCUCUGGCAACUCUUCUUUCACGUGACUGUGGGAGCCUUCGUUACACUACAGAUCUGGCUGAGGCAAGCCCAGGGCAAGGCUCCUGACUACGAUGUCUGACACCAUCCCUCAGACGUAUUGCCUUGGCUUCAGGGGACAUCUUAACUGCCACUGUGACAAAGAAACUGCUUACCCCAGACAAGAAGCGCUGCUUUCUUGCUCUCCUGCCUUCCUUUUUGUUUUAAAUCAGCGUGGCGUGCCUGUGAGCGGGCAGACCUGCCAGGCAAAUCCUGUCAGAAGAAUGUGGGCUGUGGGAUUAUCACUCAGAGGAGGAGGAGGUGGAAGCUUCUCUCUGCAGGGCCGUGAUGUAGAGGAACAGUCAGACGCCACUGGAAGACUUGGCCAGUGGUUCGGAGUCCUUGCUGAAGGCGUUCAGUCAAAAUAUAUACGUGGCCCUUGCUCUGAAGACAAGCAGGAACUGUACAACGUGGCUUUGCCUUUGUGAGGCAUUAGUAGAGACCAAAUAAAAAGAUGGUUCACUGAA